GUCCAUCUAGAAAUUGAGGAGCACAUGCCGCCCCGCGACCAAUACCGAAUGACUGAAAAAUAAACUAAGUAUGGAAGAGGUACAUGCCGCUUCAAGGAGAAGCAUGUGCCACUUCAACGAGAGGUCCAUGCCGCUUCACGAGAAAGGGCAUGGACGCGAGACAAGAGGAGACGUCCAUGCCACUUCACGAGAAGGGGCAUGGACGCAAGAAAAGAUACUAAGUAUGAGAAGGCCAUGUUGUGUCACGAGAAGGGCCACAGACAUGACUGAGAAGUCCAUGGCCGCGAAUGAGGAGGCCAUGUCGCCUCAUGAUCCAAAAUAUACCAAGUUUGAGAAGGCCAUGCCGGCUCACGAGAAGGGUCAUGUGCAUAAUUAAGAGGUCCAUGGUCGUGUCAUGUGAUGGCCAUGGACGCGAAGCAAGAAGCAUUAGAUAAAUGAUUGAAAAUACAAAGUAUGGAAAGGCCAUGCCGCCUCAUGAGAGAGGCCUUGUGCAUGAUUGAGAAGUCCAUGCCACUUCACAAGAGUGGCCAUGGACACGAAUGAGAAGGGCGUGGUGGUGGAGCACUAUAUCAGUAAUGACUAAGUCCCAAGUGGGCCAUGGACAUGGGUAAGAAGUCCAUGGCCAUGAGACAAGAGAACCAUGACCCCCUUUGCGAGACACUACAUGCUCGUCAAAAGACUAGCAUGGCACGAGAUUCAAAUACAAGACCAGGCGAGGC